UUUAUAAACAUCUAGCAAUUAGAUGUUUAUCAUUUCUCCACGGUGCCGGUGCCCAACUCAUAAGCAAAUUGAAUUCCUUUAGAACCUCUGGAAUCUGGAACCUCUCAUAUGUCAUACGCAAAGCUCGAAUUGCAGAAGCUCGUUCCAGGCUUUUAGUUAGUUGGUCUCUAAUGCUCAUGAGAUUUUACUCUUUAUUACAUUAGUUGAAUUUUUUGGUUAUUGGGUGCUGAGAGACAGUGGGGUUGCAAAAUGUUGGGCACAAUGUCAAUAUUGCCGCUUCCAGCCCCACCGGAAGAUGGGGAUCUUGGCCCAAGACCACCAGCUCAGUUGCCUUCUGAUGACGAGAAUAAAGAAGAAGAUCAAAAUCAAGCUAGCAAACCAACUUCAGUGGCAACACAUACAAGAACCAUUGGAAUUAUUCACCCUCCUCCAGAUAUCAGAAACAUCGUUGAUAAGACCGCGCAGUUUGUGGCCAAAAAUGGGCCUGAGUUUGAGAAGAGAAUUAUUGCUAAUAAUGCAGGAAAUGUGAAAUUUAACUUUCUUACUGCUUCGGACCCUUACCAUGCUUAUUAUCAACAUCGAUUGUCUGAGUUUCGGGCGCAGAAUCAAUCCUCAACACAACAGCCGCCUUCUCAGGCAGGAGAUCUAGUGGCCUCAGAGUCUGAUGCUGUCUCUGCUGAUGAUCUUGCCGCUGCAGCAGAGAAGCCUGACCCUUCUGCGCAAUUUAGACCUGUUCGGAAGGUCCUGGAGCCUCCUGAGGCUGAACAAUAUACUGUAAGGCUGCCGGAGGGGAUUACAGGGGAGGAGUUAGAUAUUAUUAAGCUUACUGCACAGUUUGUUGCUCGAAAUGGGAAGUCCUUUUUGACGGGGCUUACUAGUCGGGAGAUGAACAACCCCCAGUUCCAUUUUUUGAAGCCUACACAUAGUAUGUUUAUGUUUUUCACUGCUCUUGCUGAUGCUUAUUCUAAAGUUCUGAUGCCUCCAAAGGGAUUGACGGAAAAGCUAAGGAAGAGUGUCGCCGACCGUACUACAGUCCUUGAGCGGUGUUUGCAUCGACUUGAAUGGGAGAAGUCGCAGGAGCAAGCAAGGCAGAAAGCUGAAGAUGAAAUUGAGCAGGAGAGGAUCCAGAUGGCUAUGAUUGAUUGGCAUGAUUUUGUAGUGGUUGAAUCAAUCGACUUUGCAGAUGACGAAGACGAGUCACUGCCUAUGCCAAUGACUCUUGAAGAGGUCAUAAGGAGGAGUAAGAUCUCAACCAAGGAUGAAGAGGAGAUUGUUGAGCCUGGAAAGGAGGUAGAAAUGGAAAUGGAUGAAGAAGAGAUGCAGCUUCUUCAGGAGGGUAUGAUGGGUGCCAGCCUAGAGACGAAUGGGGAGGAAAAGAAGGAUGAAGUCAAGGCUCCUAUGGAUGAAGAUGAUCCUCCAAUGAGAAUCGUCAAAAAUUGGAAACGACCUGAAGAGAGAAUUCCUGCUGAAAGAGACCCGACAAAGUUCACUGUUUCUCCAAUUACUGGUGAAUUAAUACCUAUAAGUGAGAUGUCAGAGCACAUGAGGAUCUCUCUGAUUGAUCCAAAGUACAAGGAGCAGAAAGAGAGGAUGUUUGCCAAGAUUCGGGAGACAACCCUUGCUCAUGAUGAUGAAAUUUCCAGAAACAUUGUAGGACUUGCACGUACUCGUCCUGAUAUCUUCGGUACCACGGAGGAAGAAGUAUCUAAUGCCGUCAAAGCUGAGAUAGAGAAGAAAAAAGAUGAGCAGCCUAAGCAAGUCAUAUGGGAUGGUCAUACAGGUAGCAUUGGUCGCACGGCAAACCAGGCUAUGUCUCAGGGUAUGGGUGGGGAAGAUCAAAUUGACGGCAACAAUGAUGGAAGGCCUUUCCCUGGUCCAGCUGCUCCUCCUCCUCCAAGACCAGUUGUUCCCAUGAUUCGUCCACUCCCUCCCCCUGCUGGGCUAGCUGUGAAUAUGCCUCGUGUACCAACUAGCAAUAUUCAGUAUUCAGCUCCAACCUCUGGCGGACUUAUGGCUCCACCUCCACCUCCACCUCGUCCUAUGGUCCAUGUAAAUCAAAUGGUUCCUCCGCCACCUCCUCCUAUGCAAAUGCCUCCUGGGCAGCAGCAUAUGAUGAUGAAUCGACCACCAAUGCCUUUACCUGUGUCCAUGACCCAACCCGGUAUGCCAGUGCCACCUGGAUCUCAAUUUACACCACUUAGCGGUCACCGUCCCUUCACAGCUGGUCCACCACAUGGUAUGCCUCCUGUUCCACAGCUGCCUAUGCCUCAAGGAAUGCCACCUCCACCACCACCACCAGAUGAAGCUCCCCCUCCGCUUCCAGAUGAACCAGAGCCCAAGAGACAGAAGUAUGAUGACUCUGCACUGAUUCCAGAAGAGCAGUUCCUUGCCCAACAUCCGGGACCUGUUAGGAUCAACAUAUCUGUUCCAAAUAUUGAUGAAGGAAACCUCAAGGGACAAGUUUUGGAGAUCACCAUGUCCUUGAAUGAAACUGUUGGUAGUUUGAAAGAAAAGGUAUCCGGGGAAAUUCAACUUCCGGCAAACAAACAGAAAUUAAGUGGAAAGGCUGGUUUUCUGAAGGACAAUCUCAAACUUGCUUAUUACAAUAUUGGAGAUGGCGAGACCUUAACACUUUCGUUGAGGGAGCGUGGUGGCAGAAAGAGAUGAGCAAUUUACUUGAGCACCCGAUGAAAGGCCCUUGUUGGAAUACUUUCUAAAAACUCUCCAUAUAUUUCUGUUCUGUCCAUGAUUACUCUCUUUUGAAGUGAUUUCCUGGAUAUUGUUGUGAUCAUGUAUCUUAAGUUCAAUCUUGCAACUUGAAAUUUAUUGUCACUAAUCUGAUUCUAUUUGCCUUUGCAGCUGAUCCACUUGUGCCCUCAAGUAAUGUCAUGAUUCUGACACUUUACUUUUCUUCGAGUGUAGUAGCCAUCAGUAAUGUAAUUCUGUUGUCCACUGCUGUUUUAGUCGGUUCCUGCUUAUCAUAUUUUUCUAUUCUACUAGUAAUGCUAAUAAUUUCUUGGAGUGCUUUUUUCUUUUGGCGAUUGGAUACAUCUUGAAGGGAAGAUGACUGUUUACUCACUUGGGCAAGGUUCCUUCUCCUUUGUUGGCUGAUCUAUGGUGCGCUGUUUUGCUGUGUGUGCCCCGUUGUCAAGUUAAAAAUAUUGCUUGGUGCGGGGCUCUUGAUUAGCAGUUGUAUGGUGAUUUUGUGCAUGCCUUUUGAGCUUUUCUUAGCUCUCUUGAUUACCCAAGUGAAUGAAGUGUUGAGAUAAGAGUUUGUUUUUGAUUUUGUCUUAUCAAUAACUUUGAACAGUGGAUUAAAGGGUCUGCAGAUUGGCAUCUGAAGUGACUGGGCUCCUGUCCUGAUUCCACAGACAGCAAAUAUGGGAUGGUUUAAUGAUUCCUUCUUCAUGGACUAUGAAGGUUGAUCUAACUAUGAUCAAUACUCCCUCCCUAGUUUUUUCAUCUUCUCUAAGUUUUUUUGGUAGCACAAGAUGAGAUUUAUACCGGAGUUGCCUCGAUCAGACAAAAAAGGAAAGAACUGGUAGUUUUCACGAUUAUUUUCACCUAUUUAUGUGCUGACUUUCAAUAUGUUGCCUGGAAUUAUUUUCACCUAUUCUUCUCUACCAUAAGUGUAAGAUGAUAUGUGAAAACUGUUGAGCUUACUGCUGAGUGCUGACAAUAUGGUGAUAAUUUUUAGUUCUCCAACUGAUGUUUUCUUUUUGUGAUUUUGUUUUUAGGGCAUAGUUGCCGUAAUGGGUUUGAAUAUGUGAGACCCAGCAUUUCCCCAAUUUUCUGCAUUCUAGGCUCCGUUUGGUAGGGCGUAAAACGUUUUUUCGGAAAAUUGUUUUCUUCUAUUUUCAGUUUUACAUUGUUUGGUUGGCAAAAGAGUGUAAAAUCAUUUUCCCUUGGGGUAAAAUUACUCUCCCUCGGGGUAAAAUUACUCUCCCAAGGAUGGAAAAUCAUUUUCCUUUCAAAAUGAAGGGAAAACUAUUUUCCUUCUCUCACUUGUACACUCCUCUCACUACCUCUUUACUUUCCCUUUCAUUUUCAUUUCCUUUCAUCAUUUUUUUUUUAUAUCGAACCAAACAACGGAAAACUAAUUUUGGAAUUGUGUUUUCCAUUGUAAAUUGUUUUCCAUGAAAAUCAUUUACACUGAAAAUAUUUUACGUCCUACCAAACGGAGCCCUAGUUCAAACAAUUUUUAUCUUGAGUUUAAAUCCGUCAGCUGAUGACCUUAAUUGAGUUUGAAAAGAUUAACAACUUGUUUGUGUUGAGGAAUUAGGAGUGAAAGGAAGAGAAGGAAAAGGAAGGGGUAUGUUUUCCUUUGUUUGGAUAACAAAGUAUGGGAGUGAUGAAAUGGAGGAAAAAUUUGUGGUGAAAAUUAUCUACCUUUAUUCUUUGAGAAACAAUUCUCUUCAACUUUGAAAGAUCUGGAAGAAAAUUGGGAAAUGAUGAUUUGUUUGACUCGUAAAAAUUGAAGAGAUUUGUUUCAUUAAGGAAAUUAGGUCAUGUACAAGGUGAACAAUUCUAUAGGAUUUUCAAAAUAUUAGGGCUUAAUUCUAUUAGUUGUUUGUCUAAAGAAAAAAGAACUAAAUUUAAUUACAAGUUCCUUUCUAAUUUAUCGUGUGUGACGUUGGAUGCAAAUUCGAAGUGGUUUAUUUUUAUUUGGUGUUUUGGUUCGUCUCUUCCUAUUCUCCAAAUAAAACCCCAUCGUUGACUUUGUCGUCUCUUCUUAUUCAUCAAAAAAGUUUCAAUCCUUGUAAUUAAGUUUAGUACAGAGCUUCUAAAUUGUAUAGGAUGGCCUAGUAUGCUUGCAAUGCAAUAAAACUCUCUUUGUAUACAAAGAUAAGCUUAUGUAUGAGAAGCUAAUGGUGGUCUCUCAUUGAGCUUAUGUACUUCUCUCGAAACAAGAAUAUCUAUACAUGUCCCCUUUUUUCUUGUAAUAUCUACUUUGAUAGAUACUUUUCCCGUCUUGUAUUCAUCAACUAAUUUUGUUAAGUUAUCUUUUCAUUAUUAUAUAAGAAAAAAACAUAGUCAAGUGAGGUUUUAUUAGAUUCGACUUAAUGCGAGAAUUUCAAAUAUUAAAGUUUUAUAAUUUUUACUUAUACGCAUUUAGAGACCGUAUUUAGAAACAUUAACGUUCAAAGAAACUUCUCGACGAGUAUGAAAAAACAAAUGCUGCAACUAAAAAAUAUCAAUCAAGUUUGUUUUAAUCAACAAAGGAAAUUUGCUUAUGUACUAAGACUGAGCAUGCUGAAUGUCUAUAGUUCUGAUUGGGCAGGCUGAAUGUUAUAUUGCUAUUUGUGCCUUGAAUAUUGAUGAACAAAGGUGUUGAAGAGAUGUGUAGUGGUAUCUUUGGUGGCCGGACUAGCAAGUGAAAAAUCUUUGUGGUUCGAGCGCGCACUUGCCCAUUACGUUGAGUUAUGUGUGCUUGUUUUCUUUAUUAAGCUUAACAAACUUAUAUGAAGUACUUUCUCUGUUUCUUUUUACUUGCAACAGUUUGACUUUCACGAUUGUCAAUACAUAAUUUCAACCAUCAAUAAGUUUAAUUACCAAUAAAUCAAAAUUAUAAAAAGUAUAUAUUCGGAAAAUAUACAUUUAGACGAAUCUAACAAGAUCCCACAUGAAUAUGUUUUUCCUUAACUAUAGAUCAACAAACAUAAACUAAAUAGAGUUGGUGAAUAGUGUAAAAGUCAAACCGUUGCAAGUAAAAAGAAACGGAGGAAGUACUUACUAGUUAUUAGCCAUUUCAUAGAUUAUUUUUUAAGUAGCUUUGGUUGCAUAACUUUUUAUUUGAACGCAUUGAUUGGUUAAGAGGAAUCGUAUUGCUAGCUUUUAUAUGUGUCCUAUCUCGUCUGAGAGCUAGAUUGCUUCAAUUACUUGUCUUUUUUCUUCCUCUUUCUUCAAGUUAGCUUCUGCUGUUUCAAGAGUUUGUUGAGCUUCUUGUUGAUCUUCUCGAAGUAGGUGGCCAGUUACCAGGUGAGAGGUGAUCAUGAACAGUUGAACGCCAUUUUAAUCUAGGUCACUACUGUAUAUUUAUCUAUACACACUCAUGUUAGGAAAAUGAUUCAAGGAUUGUGACAUAGUUGUAUCGCUAAUAUAGUGCAACAAUGUAAUGCAUAAUGUACAAUUUAAUAAUCAUCAUUUGAAUAUCAAAUCAACUAUCGAUUGGUCUAUAUUUAACUUGUGUAUGAUGUGAAUAUUUAAGAAUUUCGCCUAACGAUGAUAAUAAUAGAAGCAAAAAAAAGAACUCAUAUAUUUCGCCAAGAUGGACUAAAAUAACAUAGAUAAUUACGAGAAAAGGAAAUAAAAUUAUCAAUUCCACAACGAAAACGAAGGUGAAUUCUUACACAAAAUUACAGGAAAACAACUCACCAACUGACAAAAAAUUUAAAUAGAAAAGAAGUAUACAAGAGUGGAACAAUAAUCCUUCCAAUUCAUAGAGGCAAACUAAAAAAUUAAUUUGGUCCUCUUUCCUCAACUCAUUUGACAAAGGAAAAAAGGCCUAGAAAGUGUACAAGCAGCUCCCAUCAUCACUCCUUGCAGUUGGGUCAAAGUUUUUUGCAUUUGGAUCAGUACAACCUUCAGGAAUUGGUAUAUUUCCUUGUUGAGCUGCUUGUCCUGUAAAAUCCACACACAAAAAACAGCAACAUUUUCUUAGAAAUCUACUUUUAUGCAACAAACAUUUUUGUUAUGUUAGCCUAAAACUACUAUGAGUUGCCAACCUCCAAGUUAGGACACUUAACCGAAGAAAGCUCCGCUGUCAAUGGAAUCUUUGUUAGCAUCUCCAAGAGCAGCCUCGUUCAAGUACUUGUCAGCAAGUUGUACUCUCUUAACAUUCUCUUGUUCUUGCACAAGCAUGUUUCCAUACUCAAGCAACUUCUCCAAGGUCAUUUUGGGUUGCUCGAACACGGGUGGUCCGUCCUUUGAGUUCACAAGCUUCUUCCCAAUGGCGUCUAUUCCUACGCUUGAAACCCACUUCCUUACUUCGUCAUCAUAUACACGAGCUCUCAA